AUGGAAGACGGUUUAGGCGCUGUGUACGCCAUGGGACCGAGAAUCCCAAUGGUCAGGCGCGGUGCGCAGGAAAUGAUGGGCACAACCACGCUAGGAUUGAAUGUCCCCUCUCCAGUUUUGUCCACCCGAGCCGAGAAAACGACCGAGUGUACAGACGCACGACUUUGCGAGAAGCCUGUUGGUGGUUCCGACCUGACUAUUCCUAUCGCCCUUGGAGUUGCAAUUCCUCUUGUAGCGAUCGUCUCUGUCCUUUUUUACCUUCACCGGAGAAACAUCAAAAGGCAGAGAAAUGAGGAUCUCAAUGACCCUCAUAAGUCGCUAGACUUUGGCUUGGGAGAUAGCGGACCUGCGGGUAAAACGUCGCGCAAGAGUCUGCUUGGCAGGGAGAAGGACUCUCAGUCACGCUUCAACCGCCAACAAAUGUCCAUGGACAUGAACCUGUCGAACCCAUACCUCUUGCCUCCGGAAGCCCAUAAUUCGCGCGAGUCUCUCAAUUCUCUGGCCCGAACACUGCAUCAGUCCGAGGAGGACCCCUACCGACCCGUGGCACAGUAUACCGGGAGCGAGGUUGGCUCGAUCCGGUCUUUUCCUCGAGGUCAUGAAGCCGCCUCAGUGUACACUCGAUCGAGCAGCAUCCCGGAUACUGGGCCCAUGUCCCCAGGUCCGUAUCGGCCUGGCCGUCAAAACUCUUUGCCGAGGCCGCCGCUUCAUCCACCAGAGCCAACCCACAUGAAGCCCGAGCAGCCUCUGCCAGCAAGUACCGCUCCGCAAUUGAACUUCCCUUUCAGGGAGUCACUGCCUGCCGAAUCUGCAGACACAUCUUCUGCAAAGUCGCAGGAUGCAAGUGCCGCCAGCGCACUGAUCCAGGAGCCCCCAGCCGUUGCCCUAAAAGCUCCCUCAGCCCCACUGCCGUCACCACCACAGCCAAGCCCGGCUGAUUCCGGGGUAGCUAUCGAAGACGCAAGCUUUGGCAAUCCGUUUGAGAAACCUGAGACCCGGGAGGUUCGGAGCCCAGUUGAACCUAGCAUUGUCGGUCUCGGACUUGUGGGUCAAGUUGAGCCCUCCCGGGCAUCGGUACGAACUUCCGCUUCGUCGUAUAACAGCCGAGUCAUGAGCCCGCCGCCGCAGAGACAGCUGAACCAGGCCUCGGCACCGAUUAUUGAGGAGCCCCAUGAUCACUACGCCUUUGACUAUGCGGAAAUGCCCCAGCAACCCCGAUCGCCUUCACCGGAGAACCGCGCCGGACAGCUUGAUACGGAAGCGCCCAGAGGCCGGGAUAUGCGCAGGACAUCACAUCUGUAUGAACAGCAGGAUGGAGGCCACGGGUUGGGCGUACCUCAGCAGGACAAUCGCCGUCUUUCUGUUGGCUUCCGCCCUCUCCCCCCUGACGAAAUCAUGGAAUCAGAGGAUCCUGAAUACAGGGCAAACCGCAUUAGAUCCUUCUACAAGGAAUACUUUGAUGAUACCAAGCCCGAAAAUAUGCCGCCCGUCCCUCAAAUGCCGUCAUCGUUGUCCGUCCCGCAACGGCAGCGACCACCACCACAGCAUCACGCCAACAGCGUUGACUACUACGAGGACUACGCCGCAGAUGCGCCUUACUUUGAUCCUGCGUCCAAUUCCUUUGUCAUGCCGUAUGCGCAGCCCGUAUCUCGCAGGGCCAUGACGCCGCCGCCGUCAGGCCAGCGAUUCCCCGGCCCAAGGGGCCCUCCGCGUGCUUUCCAUGGAUCUCAGACGGGCAUGAGGCUGCCGCCCAACGUGCGUGGUCCUCCCCGGCCGGGAUCCUCAGUCUCUAACCAGCUGGGCGGUCAUUCGCGUCCGGGAUCGUCGGCCUCAGGCCGUUAUGGGCCCUCACGCGCCGGUUCUGCAAUGUCCGGCAAUCGCUUUGGUGGUCCAAGAAAGCCGGUGCCUCCACCGGCGGACUUGCCCACCCUCCCCACGCCGUCUAAGCUCAAGGAUGACUCCUUUGCCCUCUUCAAUGCAGCCGACUUUGCGCCGCCUGAAUCGUUUGCCGAGCGCGCCCGUGGCCGAUCCCAGAGUCCAGUCGGCGAACGCCGCCCGUACAAGAUGAACGUGCCUGCACAUUCGCCCUUGGUCAACGCCUUUGAAGAACUCCCUUCGCUACCCAGCCCGCAUCUACUCCGCAAGUCAGGCACCUUCACAGCCCUUGACUUUGCCCCGCCCCGCAAGUUUGUCGACUCGGACGCUCGCAGCGAUGCAGGCUCGAUCCGCAGCAACCGGAGCGGAAUCUCGCAAGCGCAGCUUAGCGCCAUUCGCAAUGGCGCCGGACGGGUCAGUCGGCUACCUGGCGACCAGGUCUUUACGCAAGCGGCCACGGCGGCGCAGCUCAAGCCGCAAUGGGGCAUGCGUGAUUGA